UUGUGUCAUUUUGUGACUAUACUUAUUACUCUAUUGUGAGUAAAUAUUUGAUUUUGAAAAUGAAGUGUCACUGGAAAGUAGGUAAGCGUUUUGGGCUGGCUACUGGAAUACAUUCUAAGAAGAGGAAAGUGCGGAAUCAAUCAUUACAUGUAUGUCGCCAGAUAUCUCCUUUGAAAUUGAAAGUAUCAAAACAAAAAGCAUGUUCAAAAUCAUUCAAAAGGAAAUUGCCUACUGUAUUACCAUUCAUAAACACUCUGUAUCGAUGUAAGAAAUUUGAUUCGUUGAAGGUUGUAUUGCGUCGUAUAAUAAACAUCAAUAUUAAUGGAUAUAGACUGAUAAAUCUAGGAUGUCUAAAAACGCACAUGAAUGAGGUAAUGAAACAUGUUGUAUUGUGUGAGGCAGCGAAACAAGUUGUUAUUACAGACAAUCCAGUCGUACGAAUUACUUCGGAACUUAGGACACAUGGUUUAGCGUCCGUCCUGUCUGUUUGUUGCUGUGGAUGCAAUAAAAGUUUUAAAUUUGAAACAAGCCCAAAACUAAAAACCAUGGACACAAUUACAGGUCAUUAUGAUAUAAAUGUUCGAGCUGUGUGGGGAUCCAUCGUCACUGGUAACGGAGCUUCACAUCUGAAGGAAGUGAUGGCUACUAUGGAUGCCCCAAGUUUGUCCCAGCCUGCUUUCACGAGAAUUGAAUCUCAAAUUGGUGCUUGGUGGGAAUGUAUUUCUCAAGAUGAAUUACUAGCAGCAGGUGCUGAAGAACGAAGGCUGGCCAUAGAAGACAACUGUUUCCACCAAGGUGUUCCUGCGAUUACAGUGGUAGCAGAUGGAGGUUGGAGCAAGAGAACACACAAACACUCAUAUAAUGCUUUAGGUGGUGUUGCCAUUAUUAUUGGACAAAGAACGGGGAGAAUUUUGUACAUUGGCAUAAGAAACAAAUACUGUUACGUAUGCUCUCAUGCGGAAAAUACUCAUCAAACAGAACCACAUCACCAAUGCUUCAAAAACUGGAACUCGAAUUCUCAAGCCAUGGAAGCUGACAUCAUCCUUGAAGGAUUCCGUUUGGCAGAGAAAAUGCAUGGGUUAAGGUAUAUGUGGUUAGUUGGUGAUGGGGAUUCAUCAGUUUAUGCCAAAAUACAUGAAGGAAUUCCAGUUUGGGGAAUUCAUGUUCAAAAAUUAGAAUGUUCAAAUCAUGUUUGUAAGUGCCUUCGUUCCAAUUUGGAAAAGCUAGUGGACGCUAAUCCUCAUUACAAAGGUAGGAACAACCUUACAAAAGCAGUUCGCAUUCGCUUAGUAAGUGCUGUCCGAUGUGCUAUCCGGAUACGAUCCAAAGAAGAAAAUGUACAUAAUGCAAUAAUCAAGUUAGAAAAAGACAUUCGAAACUCCGUUCACCACAUUUUUGGCAACCACAACAACUGUUCAGAUUUCUGUAAAGCUAAAUCAAUUCCACCUAUUAACCAAACAACAUCCUACACUAAUGAUUCCACUGAAGUAGACGAACCAUCUGAUUUAUGUAUUCAAAAUAAUUUACUUUGGGAAGAAGGAACAUCUUUAAAAGAUCAGGAACUUUCACGAUAUUCAUCAACACUUUCAUAUUCCGAUCUUAAAUCAGAUAUGUUGAGUGACAUUUCAGUAUUGCUGGACAGAGUUGCUAAUAAAAGUAAAAUACUCAUCAAUAAUACAACAACUAAUUUGGCUAAGUGUUGGAUGCACAUGCGCACCAAAUUUGACGGAGGCAAAGUCUACAACUUGUGUAAUCGUGGGUCAUGGCAUACUAGGUGUUAUGGUGGAUGUUUACGAAUGAAUGUCGGACCACAGUGGUCUCCCACUGUUUGGAAACAGGUGACAGACUCCUCACCAGGAUACCACUUCAUCAAACUAUAUGAGGAAAGGUACAAGCAAUUGACACUUUCUAAUCAGUCUAAAUCCAAGCCACAAGCUCAAUCUAAUAGGUGGAAAAGAAAAGUGUCUACUGCUAAUGAGAGUACAUCAAAGUCUGCCAAGUCAUCAUAUGGAAAUGAGGCUAUUCAGUGUGAAGAUGAUGUUGAUACAUCUGUUUUGAAUACCAAAUGUGACCAGAACAUGUCUCAUCACAUUAACAUUUCAAAUGAUAAAAAUUAAUGCUAUUACAACUCUUACUGAAGAUCAAUCUAAUUCUCAAGUUUGGCAUCAAGAAAGAAGAAAAAGAAUAACAGCAUCAAAUUUGGGACUAAUUUUGAAAAGAAAAACAUCAAUAUCUGUGAAAAACAUUGUGGAACAACUUCUAUACAAAACUUUUAAAGGGAAUGAAUUCACACUUUUUGGAUUACAACAAGAAAGAAAUACCAUUCAUGAAUAUAUUUAAAAAAAGCUGAACAAGGAAUUAAUGUUAAUGUUAACAGAUGUGGAUUAUUUAUUCAUCCUGAACAUAAAUUUUUAGGUGGAAGUCCGGAUGGAAUCGUUUUUAUCAACAACAAUAGGGAAGGACUUAUUGAAGUUAAAAAUGUUUUAAAAAAUAAAAAAAUGAACUUAUUUCAAGCUGCCAAUACAAACAGAAAUUUCUUCUUAGGAAUAGAAAAGGACAAAUUAAAAUUAAAAUUGAACCACAAUUACUAUUAUCAGUGUCAAGGUUUAUUGCAUAUAUGCAAUUUACCGUGGAUAGACUUUAUAGUAAGGACCACAGACCCAUACCAACUCCACGUGGAAACAAUUUAUAAAGACAAUACCCUUUGGGAAUCAUGGAUUCCAAAGCUUAAAGCAUUUUAUUGCAAGGUUUUAUUGCCAGAGUUAGCUUGUCCGAGACACAGAAAAAUUCCUGGAAUAAGAGAGCCUGGAGUAUGGUUUGAAGAUACAACCAAGCCUUCUGUAAGUAAAAGGACGGUUACAUGUCGUAAGAAAACUACUUCAAGGACCAAAUCAACUUUCACAGUGACGCAGAAGAUUAGUACAGUAACAUCAGAUAGGAAAACUGCAAGACGAGCAGCAUCUUCAAAAACAAAGUUUGUUGGUAGACAAAUUAAACAUAAAUGGAAGUUGUGCAUUGAUUCUGAAAAUACCGAGUGGUAUACUGGCUAUGUUACAUCCCUUUUGUCUGGAGUCGAUGGCAAUUCUAAUGCAGUGUAUGAAGUGCUAUAUGACAAUGAUGACGAAUCUUACAUGAUUGACCAUCUUGUAGAAGACUUCAAGGAAGGAUCAGUACAGUUUUUGGAUUUAUAGGGUAUAAUCUCACAUACAUAUACGUUUUUAAAUACUGUGCAUAACAUUGCAUGAUAUUUUUAAAACAAUUAAUGUUGCAAUGUGAUGAAUAAUAUUCCCCAUAUAUCAAUUGCAUAUUGUGUAAUAACCCUCCUUAUUAGCUCACCUAAGCACAAUGUGCUCAUGGUUAUUUUUAUGUCCCCCACUAUAGUAGUGGGGAACAUAUUGUUUUUGCCCUGUCUGUUGGUUGGUUGGUUGGUCAGUUAUUUGGUUGGUCUGUUGGUUGGUUUGCGCCAACUUUAACAUUUUGCAAUAACUUUUCCUAUAUUGAAGAUAGCAACUUCAUAUUUGGCAUGCAUGUGUAUCUCAUGAAGCUGCACAUUUUGAGUGGUGAAAGGUCAAGGUCAUCCUUCAAGGUCAGAGGUCGAAUAUAUGUGGCCCAAAUUGCUUAUUUUAUGAAUACUUUUGCAAUAUUGAAGAUGGCAACUUGAUAUUUGGCAUGCAUGUGUAUCUCAUGGAGCUGCACAUUUUGAGUGGUGAAAGAUCAAGUUCAAGGUCAUCCUUCAAGGUCAAAUAUAUGGGUCAAAAUUGCUCAUGUAAUGUCACUUCUGCAAUAUUGAAGCUAGCAAUUUAAUAUUUGAAAUGCAUGUGUAUCUCAAGGAGCUGCACAUUUUGAGUGGUGAAGGGUCAAGUUCAUCCUUCAAGGUCAAACGUCAUAUAGGGGGACAUUGUGUUUCACAAACACAUCUUGUUGUAUUCCGUUUUGUCCGUCGUGCGUCAUACGUUAUGCAUCAUGCUGCAUCAUCAUUUAAAUUGUUUACCCUAUAGAGGCCACAUUUAUUGUUUAUGUUUAAUGAAAUUUUGUCUGAAGAUUAUUAUGUCUCAUUUAUAUUUUGAAUGAGUAAAGUAAUUAUUAUGUGUGGUUGAAAAACAUUAGUGACAAGGGGCGUGGCAUUUUUCCUUAUAUGACUAUAUAUGGCUGUACUUAAACCUUGUACACACUUUAGUGGUCACAUUUAUUGUACAAUGUUAAUGAAACUUGUACAGAAGAAUCAUACCAAUAAUAUAUUGGAUUAGUUAGAAAAUGAUGAUGGUUGAAAAACAUGUAUGCCAAGUAGGCGGGGCAUUUUUCAUUACAUGGCUAUAUAUGGCUAUAGUAAAACAUUGUUAACACAAUUUAUGCCACAUUUAUUGUCUGAUGUUCAUGUAAAUUGAUCAGAACAUUUGUACCAGUGAUGCAUUGAAUGAAUUUUUAAAUGUUUGUGUCUGUUUUAAAAGCAUUGCCGCAAAUAGGGCGGGGCACUUGUCCUUCUAUACAUAUAGUGAAACCUUGUUAACACUAUAAAGGCCACAUUUAUAGUGUGAUUUGAAUGAAAUUUGUUCAUAAAAUUGGUGUAAAUUAUAUGUUUGAUGAGUUGGAAAAUUUUUACUUUUGUUUAAAAAACAUGGCUGCCAAGGAGUGUGACAUUUUUCCUUAUAUGGCUAUAGUAAAACAUUUUAAACAGUAUAGUAUUAUGAAAUGUCACAUGCAGACAUAAUAUACAUUUAUUUAGUACUUUUCUUAUCAUUAACAUUAAAAUAUAGUAACUUUUCCAACAAGUGUAAAAUAGUAAAUAUAGUUGAAUGUCCCAAUUGGUACACCAUACUUAAAGUAGUUCCUAAUUUUGUUUGUUACUUUUUGACAUUUGUUGAUGUUUUUCUUUUGCAUAUUUUAGGAUUGUUGGUGUGUGUUGUGUGGAAUUUUCAUUUGUAGUACCUACAAUUAAGUAUAUACAAUCUUUUCACCAAAGGAAUUUGUUAAAUUUAACUCUGUUAGUUAAUUUGAUAUUUUCAUGCAUGCAAUGUAUAAUUCUUCAAAAGCAACAUUUUGCAUAUUUAUUUUUUUCAUUUUCAUUUACUGAUAUGUUCUACAAGUAUUUACGAGCAUAUUAACAUAUAAAUUGAAUUAAAUGACAUAAUAUUUAUUGAACUAUUCCUAUUUGAAGAAUACACCUUUUGACACUUUACAUGAA